GUAAACGAUAAGCACCUGCAUGAAGAAUAGAGGAAAUCUUAUCAUUUAUACGUUUUGCUUUAUUGAAUUUUGCUCUUUCAUUUUUGAACGAUAGCAAACAAAAUGCUUCCAGACAGAGAAAGAAGACCCUUGCAGACGGUGAAGCUCCGCGUCUAAGUCUAUUGCGCGCGCUGACAAAAGAAUGCGCAGGUGGGCGUUGCGCAUUAUCUGAGGAGAACUACACCAACGAUAGCGAUACUUCUACGCCAGGACGACGAUCAAGAUGCUGUUACAGCAGGACGCUGACUUUUCAAAAGGAAACCCGUCUGGACCAGGGCCCCCCGGUGGAGAUGUGGGACGUACCUUGUCCACUAGCAGUGUGCGGAGUCUGGAUGGAUCGCCCGGAACUUUAUGGAAACACUAUGGCGCUCUAUCCGCUCGUACCAGGAAGAUCUCCUAGAGAAAAGGAGGUCGUUUUCGUUAUAAGGAGGAAAGAAGUUGUUGCUGUUCUUGUAACAAAAAAAAACAAAGUGUGGUAGGCUGUUACUUGUAGUAGUUCUAAGUUCCGGAGGAGGUGGCACGAUUUCAAAUGCGACAGGAAUUGUGCCGUCAGGAGGAACGAAAGCGAACGACCGACUAAUUGGAGGUAGCGGGACAGGAUACAACAAUACAUUACGACUGGUGCUGUCGAUAUUUGUGGCAUUUUUUAGGUCGACUCUGCUCUCGAUAGAAAGCCUGUCUACGAAAGGUCUUGAUGUAAUCAAAACAAUUAAGACGUCCUUACUCUUGAAAUCGAUAGAAAGACCGUCUGGGAAAUUAGCAAAUUCUUCUGUCCGUUAAGCAGGCCUAGCGUCGAUACAUGUUCUUAAUGCGCAGAGCGUAGAAAACGCAAAUCAGCCCUGUGAAAUGGCUUAAACAGUAACAUCAAGACCUGAGCGUCUAACUGCAGCAACCGGAGGCGGAACAGGUGCUAAUCCGUCUUCAGAUGGCGUCACCGCACAACCGACGGCAGCGCAGCAGCUGAACGAAUGGACCAUAAAGAAUGAGAACCUUAUGCAUGGGCAGUACUUGAUAAAUAUGAACAUUGGAUGAAACGCAAACGGUAAGUCAGUGUCAGCAGUUUCACUCAAAUUAUAAGCAGAAAUAUUCUUCUGAGUGGGAGUGGUUAGUUCCUCUUGACCCCUUACUUAAGAAAAGUUAAGCGACGAAAGCUAACUGGGUCAGAGGUUCUUCACUCAACCAAGGAGAAUUCGAAUGUUCCACUUCGCAUAGUGAUGUACUACGAAACUAGUGAUCUAGUUCUAGAUCUACAUUUUUUUAGUUACUAUGAUGAAAAUGAUUUUAUUUCUAAGAAUCUUCGAACCCGCCUGAUGGCUGUGAUGGAUGGCAAGGCAGUGCAGACCACUAUGACCUUUCUCACCGUAUUCGCUCUCUAUGGGGACGACCUGCGCAUGAAGUUCUUUUUUCUCCACCAUGACGUAGGAUUCUACGUACUCUACACUGUCACUUUCUUCCUGUUCUCAGCAGAGCUAGUCGUCUUUUCGGUCUGCAAGGAGAACUACAAUUAAGGCCAAAACUCUUGAGUCAUCUACUCAAAGAACCAACAGUAGCGAUAGCGAAACUCUCGUCACAGCUCAUCAACGACUACAAUUUUCACAAUGUCAACGAGUAGCACAAUGAAUUACAUAGGACAUCUAAUGACAGUAUUCAUUUUUCUUCUGGUUGGAUAUGGUGGCUUCGCUUUCGAUCUUGCCAGAUAUCGUUUGGGUGAUGGAUUUCAUACAGUCGCUCUUUGACGAAGCAGGCGGCGCAUCGACCGGUCAAACAGGCGUUGCUCGAGCAGGGCGCGCAAGUCGCGCAGGCACACGAGCAGGACGCAUUGUCCGCUUAAUCCGUUUAGUAAGGUUGCUCUAUGAAAGGAGUGCUGAAGUCAUGAGAUGAAAAUCAUGACAAAGAGUGUCAUGAGUACUGACGAGUAUAAUUGCUCGCCUAGGAAUAUGCACUCAUAUUUUGUACCUUUUUAGCGCUAAUUUUCACGCGUCGUGAACAUCGCGAAAUUUUUCUCCAAGGAAGAAAAGAGCGAGUUGGACAAUCAGGGUGGUGUACCGCGACAAAACUCCGUAAUGAAUUUAUGGGUUUCCACAUUGCAUGCUCCACUGGUGCCAUUCUUGCCUUAUUUUCCAAUGAAUAGGAAAGACAAUAAGAAAGGAGUCAAGGAUGAUCUAAAGGAUGAAGCUGAUCUCUUCAGUAAUGCAAUGUUGUCGCGACCUUCAAGGAAUGGAGGAACGUCGCGUGGUGCAAAUAUUCUCUCCCCUGAUGCCACUCUCUCCAGACGAUCUCUGAACAAUGCGCUUGCACCCGUACCAGCAGAACAAGAUGGAGUGCACAAAACAGCAUCAUCAGCACAGAAUCACAAGCUAUGAGUGCUAGGAGUACGAGGAGGAGAUUUUCAUUUAUUUUGUAGAUAGUUAGAUAGAGUAGGUAUGCGCUCUUUGUUUUCAAAGCAGAUUUACAAUUAGAAAGAAACGUACUUCAACUAAGAAGUUAACUGUCGCUCCUGUCCAGCACAACUAAUUAUGUAGCAGUAGAUGACUAGGACGACCACUCCACGCCCAAUGUAUGAUGAAACAUCAUGCAGGUUGCUUGUCUCCAUCAAAUGAAAAUCAAAUACUUAGGCUUGUAGUACUACUAGGACGAUUACUCUCUAAGCACUAGAGUGGAGGCUUCGAGACUUGGCAAGAUUUUGUCGGAGCAAACUACAAGAACCGUGAUUUUAGGGGUGCUCUGCAUGAUGCUGGUACUGCCGAUGAUCGAGCUGGAGGAGCUCAAUGGCACGCCAGCAUUUGGCCUAGAGCAAAUCUUCUGGAUGUCACGUAGCAUGUGCUCUACCUACAAUGCUUUCGUUGCGGCGGGCUUGAAGACCGACACUGAGCUCACAUGUGCAGGAUCAACAUCGCCUUCAACUUACGCUUGAAAAAUAUAAACGAAGUGUAAUUAUAUAUAGGGAAUAAGGUGAGAAGGCUGGUGGAGAGGGUAGGAGAGGGCCUCCCGUUCGCCGGUAGCCGUCAAUCUACUAGAGUCAUUUUCACUGUGGUGAUUUGACUAGUAGAGAGAGAAUCAUAUCUACAACUCUAAACAUGCGGCAUAGCGGCGAGCAAUAGCAGCACGAAUAUUAUGAAACAGUGGCAGUGACUCAUAAUCAUAUUUCAUUUCCUAGUUUCUCCGAAGUGAAGAUGAGUAAUCGCGCAUUUGGCUUUCGGUGUGCAAGAGCUUAGCAGGCACUUGGACGUAGAUGUCUCGUAGCUUCGACAUCAAUGAUCUGCCUCUACAUGAUUUGGCUUUACCGCUUCAGAGCUUCAUCCCGCGAUGAUAAGCGUUUUUCUUUUCAUUGUUCGCACGCAUGCCUGGAUUUCGGAUGAGGGUUUUCAGUAUCUGCUCUUCGCCUACACGGAGCAAAGCCGCUUCCUCGCAGACGGGGAGCUCACCGACACAGUAUCGCGACCCAUUCUCUAUAUGGCUGUACCGAAUACCCUAGGUGGCGCCAUUCGGCCUCUCGAAUACGUGACCACGAAAAGAUGCGACGUCGGAACACGUCGCGAGUACCCCUUCCUCGGUUGGGAUGACGACUUUGCCGCGGCAGGAGGGAAGCGACCAGAAUGUCAGCAGGUACUCUUACUCAGGAAUAGCUUUAUAGUUUCCUCGGGCUUUGCGUCGAGAUGAGCUAAGGGGUGGCGCAAACGGUGCAAGAAGAAGAAAUAUGGCGCGCGCCGAUCUUACCUAAAGGGCAGUUGGAGAUGGAGUGGAUUUCAGGCACUGAAAUGUCAAGAAUAUCUGCCAAGCCCGUGCUACGAGAGGCAUGCUGGUCGACCCGAUAUGGGCCCAUUGAGUUGGGGGUUCGACUCGCAUUCCGCGCGCAGCAUGGGUGGCGGAGAGGAUGGCAAGCGCCUUCCAAGCACAGAGCGCGUUCGGGGUUCUUCUCCGCUGUCAUCUUGUGGGCCAGAGGGCUCGGAACCGGAAGCCAAGGCAGCCGCAAAGGGGCCCACCGCUGGGCGUCUCCUUGUUUCUCCGCUUCUCUGUGCCGCUGCGUGCUCUUUGACAACGGUGGGCGAGCUGUCGCCGACAAUGUAGGCGCGCAACUGCUCCGCCACGCAGUUUAGGUGGGCAAUUUGGGUAGAGUCUUUUUCAACAGUAUGCUGCUAUGGCCGCCGUGGAUUGGGCACGCAUGCAAAGCGAGGCACGCAGGCGCGCAGACUGCGGCAGCCCUCAGGGGGAGGCGUUGCCACUAGAUGGAAACGCGGCGGGCAUUAAAGUUGCGGACAAAGCGCCGAGCGCCAUCAUGCCAGAGAGAGGGGAGCGCACUGACGCCGCACUUACUCAGGUGCCCCCAGCCCCAAGUGCCUCAACUCGGCUUACGGACCUCGGGCAGCAGGAGGGCCAAAGGCCUCCUAUUAUAUGUCGAGCGCGGGGCUGCGACGGUCUCGAAGAUGGCGGGUGGCUUUAUGUGGAUGAAGGCGCGGACAGGUGAAGCGAUGGGAGGCGCCCCCGGUAAGGUGAAGCUUUUGAGUUAAUUCGCGUGCAUCGUGUUGCGGGGCAGUUGUCUUUUGUUUUCUUUGUUUCUUCUCGGCUUGGUGUCUUUUUGUGGUUGUUCUGGAACCACUGGGCCCGGGGAUGAUAGAGCUGGCGUUGGCGAACAGGUGGGGCAAGUGGAGGAGACCCCUGCGCGCAAUUUCGAUUAUGUAAAGGCAUCGCGCCGCUUGGGCACGCUCGGCCCGCCGGUUUCUUCUCCUCGCCUUUUCAUCUUUGCCAUAGCGUGCGCCCUCUUCGGUUUCCUUGCGUUGUCGUCUUUUCGCUUUCUCCCGCCAAGCGGCUUCGCUUGAGCGUCUUAUGUAUACGCCGUAGAUGAAAACUAUGGAUAUCCAUAUUGUCGACCACAUUACGCCCGCCUCGGAAGGUGAGCCCCCGCGGCCACAAUGAAUAUCUAUAUCAAGGGCGCGUCGCUAGAUCUAGAAAAUAAGUUUUUGAGCGAUUGUUUCAUCAUUCUUUUUUUCUGGUGAAGGCUCUGUAACUAUGUAUUAGGAUUAUUACUCACAUCAAAAUAGACGAUAACUCCUUCUACUUCUUGACAAUUGUUCUUCUCUCAUAUUCAAAACAGGCCGAGGCAGAAGGACGAUGUUGUUGGCAACGGCAUCCAUAUUGCAGUGAUGUUGAAGACUCAAGGUGUCCAUGGCGAGAAUCUGAGAUGGAGGACGUUGCCUUCAGUCCAUCUGAAACUUGCCCCGACUCCGCCAGUGAGAAACCGAUUUCUCUAUCAUCGUCGUGCACACAUGUACUUUUCUAUCUACUAGAAUUUAGCCGUACUACUGAGCUCUUAUAUAUAUAGAAACUAUUGCUUUGUAAUUUUUCACUGUAUGUGGGCGCAGAUUGUGAGUAAUAGUUUGGCAAGGAAAUAUAAUUUCAGAGGUCGUGAAGGAGAUGUAUCUGAACUUCUUGCACAUUUCUUCUCAGCGUCUACAAUUGUUACAGAUUUGUUGAUUUCCACCACGUACAAAAAUCCAUUGGUCAAUAUUAUCUUCUGCCUGCUCCAGUUAACCGUCUACGCGAAGAUUUUGAACCGGUCAAAGACAGAAACGCAGGCAGAAUACAGUAUGAUUCAGACGACUUUCAUCGUCUUUCUCCUUGGUGUGGGAGCGAUGAUGUUUUCGAAGGACACGCAAACGCUUGUGAUCGCACCAAUUGAAAAAAUGGUAAAUAUUUACUCAGAGAUGAAUAGGAACGCAAAGGCCUAGACAUGUUGAGUAGAACUCAAAACUACUCUGAAUUUUUUCUAUUUGUUACAGCUGCUGGCCCGCUGGAUUUUUACCCACUACAGAAUAUCUCCAUCAGGUGAACAUCGUGAAGCAACUUGCAGAUGACCCCUUGUCGAAGCCGAGCGCCGAUGUGUUAGACCCAGAAGCGAAUGAGAAGCUAGAUCAAAAUAAGGCAAGUAGCCACAAACUGGAGACCAACAUGCUGGAGACAACGAUCUUGAAGAUUGGGGGGCUAUUGCAGUUAUGAACAAAGUCGGCGUCUGUCCAGGAAUUGAUAAAGAAGAUGAUUACAACUAGCUGCAGUUCCUGUUUUAAGCAUAACUUGCAAGGAGGAGUCGCGGAAGUUGCUAGUCUUUCCACCUUCUUUCACUGGAAGGCUUGUGGACGAAGGCUGCAUAAAAAAUACGCUUUCUGCAAGGCUGAAAAUAAACUAUAUAGUCUAUGCAGUAGACUCAUCAGAGUAGUUGUAUUUGUAACAUCCCCAUCCCACACCCAACCUCGACUCUCUUCAUAUUAAGUCGGUUUCGGCGAGGCAGGUGCGCAGAUUAUCGGCAAGAAUAUGAGCAGUCAGGAUGGCGAAUUGAACAUUUUGAUACCUGGCAGAAAAAUCUUUGCGAUUUUUGGCUUCUGUUUCAUCCGCGAUUUCAUGGAGACAACUGAAUGCUUACUCGAAGAAGUGAUGGUAUUCGUGAACAAAAUCGCUAGAAUCGUCCACAUCUGCGUGCACGAGUGGGGCGGGGCAGCAAAUAAGAACAUCGGCGACAGUUUUGUAUGGCACGAGAAGAAAUCGGAUGUCGUUGAUUGUUGGUGAAGCAAAAGAACUUCAUCAUGUUGACUUUACACCUUAAUUAUGAUCUAGUAUACAAAGUAACUUUGAUUCACUUGUUUCACAGACUGUGAAAAAGGAAAUGUAAGUAGAAGAGAAGAAAAACGCAUCCCAUUCACCUAGUAAACUCAAAGAAUUAUAGAAUUCAACAAUGCCUCUAGCUACUCCUACUACUACCACUCUCUCGCUUCAUUCUCUUUGCUGACAUGGAUAGUGAACGACGUCGAGGAGCAAGAUUUGAUGCUGAAAUACGGCUACGAGGACAAUCAUCAGAUGCAAGACCUCGCAGACAAAGCACUAGUAGCUUUCGUGAAGGUGAUUUUAAGGCUUAAAUAACUAUGCAUAGUACCUAUAAGUAACUCAUCUUGAUCACCUGCUCCACCUUGACAUGUACCUCCCUAAAGGGAGAAUGUUGCCCAAUGCCCCAAGAUGAAGGAUAGGUUCAGGGAAUCAACAGGAGUCUGGGCUUAGGGAACAAACAACCUCUAAGAAGUGCUGAGUUACGGCGUGCAUCCGAUCUGCGUGCUUAUUCGGCACAUCCGAAAAUCCAGCAAAGAUUCCUGAAUAGCUAUGAAAUCAAAAUGGGCUUUGGCUUGCAUUGUGGCUGGGCCAUCGAGGGCGCGAUCGGAAGCGAACACAAAAUAGACGCAAGUUAUCUCUUAUGGAUGAUUCGCCUAGGAGUCAUUCCUAAAGGUUGUAUGUGAAUUUUUUUACUGAAACCUUCACAUCGGUCGUUUUAGAAAGAACUUCUACUUGAUGAUCAUUAACUAUCUACGUACAACACGAUACAUUAAUAACUACAACAAAAACGUAAUUCCUCGAUCUGUACUGAGUCCAAAUAUGCAAUUAAGAUGACUCAAUAACGUCGCUGAUCGCCCGAUCAGUUAGCGAUUGGCCUUCUUUGAUAUCUAUUCAUAUCCAGCAACUGUUCUGCCGCCUGUCCUCCCAACAAACCUUCUACAUUCACUCACAUGCCAAGCAAAGUGAUACGAAGACAUGAGCGCUAGUUUAAAGCUACAAGAGUCACUUGCUGAUCUCUAUGGUGCAGAAGUUUUUCUAUCGAGAGAAUAUCUGCGUUAUCCCUAAGCUCCCUCUAUGACUGCUGAAACUAGGUUUUACCUACAAACUACUUCUACUUCUCCUUGUCGUCCCUCUGCUUUCUCUUUUCUCCCUCUCGUUACUCCUCCUUUUCUGCCUGCUGUACUUCCUCUCCCUUCUUGUGAUUCCGCUUCCGCAUGUGCUCUGAGGCAAGCCUCCUCUUCAGUAAACGACCUUUCUUCCUCUUACUUCUCUCUCCCUUUCUCUUUCUUACUCGCUUGCCUUCUGAACUUGCUCCUUGCUGCUCAAACCACUCAUCACGUAUUGCUCCACUCUUACCACCGAGCCAAUUAAGGAAUUGCGGCUCUUUUUAGGUCUACGAACACAUGACAAGACAUUACUGAGUGUACUAAACUUCUCAAAAGAAUGGUUAACCUUACGAGCGGAUCUCUGUUGUAAAGCGCAGGAACUAAAUUCUGGUUGUCCCUCUCUUCACGAGUGAUCAUUACUUCUCGCUGUCGUUCUCGCUUCGCUUCUUUCAUCUCGUUUCAUAAGCGUUCACCGUGCUUGAGAUGUUAGGCUUUGCCUCUGCGGAGCAUCGGGGAGCACAGUCCUGCCAGGACUGGAGGUCUUCUAUGAUUGAGUUGGGGGUGGCGCCUCUUCUCAUGAGAAGCCGGGAGCUAUAGGCUGCAGGGGGUGCUCACGGCCUAUAGCCCUGACCCUCUCUAUCACGUUGUGUGGUAUGCUCGUCGGUCUGUUCGGUUUUGGUGGUUCUACGAUCAUUAUCUCUACCUCCGAUCAGUUCUACCCUUCCUCAGGCUCUUGCAUCCCCCCACCACCACCUUUAUACUUAUUAUUAAAUAAGUAGAAAAUUAACGUUAACCCAAAUAUAACGGAGAGUAAUUACAGACAGCUAGUGGCCAGUUCUCUUCUGGUCUGCCUUCUUCUCCUGUCCAAAAUACUCUGAGGAUGAGAGAAAAGAACGGAAGUCUUUGAACUUCUACUCAAGAAAGAAAUUAGUGACUAACUAAUGCCAGCGCCUACAAUCUAAACAAUUCAUCACCCUUCUUAUUCAUCGUAUGAAGAUCCGCUUGUUAUGAAUGUAGCAUUUCUUUAAACUUGUUGAAAAAUAUCUAAGACCAAGGAAACCCUCUCCUUUCUCACCCGUUGUUCUCCCCACCCUUCAUUUCACUCGCCGCACGUCAACAUGUGCGCUCGUCUUGAAACGGCCACUGAGCAGUACCACGUGGAUAUGCUGUUCUCGGAGUCUUUCCACGCACUCUUGUCCGCCAAAGCCGCUGAUAGGUGCCGUAAAGUCGACGUGGUUAUCGUGAAAGGAUCAGCCGAACCUUGUGGCAUAUACACUUACGAAACUACGUCGUGGAGAAAUGAAGGAAUACAUGAUACGUGGACCACUACAUCACGGGAAAAGUUCUAGUUCAGUUGGACAGCAUAACGAUGAAUUCGCUAGAAUAGUUUGAUCACUUCCUUCUAUCUUGUCGAAUCCUCGUUGUAGUACCACAGAAGUACUGUUCCUCGAGACUGCCUUUAGCUUAUAUUCUUAGCCCAUCAAGCACCUAAGAGUACAUACUUACUCUAAUAUGCACUAGACCUGAACGUCGAUGCGUGUGUGCUGGCACCCGAUGGCCAUCAGCCGGGCGAGGUGAUCACAAGUGGCGAGAUCAGCAAGGAGAGCCUUAUCACCAAAGGUACGCAAGAGGUUUAUUACCUAUACUAACUAGUGCCAUCCCGCUGGACGAUGGUAGGUUAGUACGGAAUUCAGGGCUUCCCAGUAUUCCUUUGGUUCGUCACGCACACGAGGAGAGCCACCAAUUUGGGCAAGUCCUCUCUUCUAGAGUUUUUCUCCCCAUAUUGUUUGAUCCAGUGUUCUCGCGUUGGCUUACAAGUUCUACUCUUCUGUGGAAUCUUGUCUCAUCGAUUCAUCCUGCAGGUAGAUGCAAUAGGUCUAUCAAGGGUGCACAGAAUUUAAAAAAACUAGUUUACUAUACUAACUAGUUGGAUAGUCCUACCUUUUCAACCAUCCGCAACACCUCCAAUCGUGAAAAACCAAACAGGUGUCCCGCAAUCUGAUGUUUGACCAUACCGCAGGUGUCCCGCAAUCUGAUGUUUGACCAUACAACAGGUGUCCCGAAUCUGAUGUUUGAGAUGGACCAGGACUUGAUCCGUAUGCAAGAAGGGAUCACGGCUGA